AUGAAUACUCUCAAAGACUCCAAAUCUGUCAACUCGCCGGACCCUGAUAUGUACGGCAAGAGUGACACGCCCCAAAGCGCCCGCAAGCCAAAAACUCCGCUCAAAAAGGAUGAGUUGGAGAAAAUCGCUAAAGAGCUCAAGUUGAAGCUCUCCAAGGCAUCUGUGGCAGCUAAGCAGCUGCUCACAUCGUCAACAGCUGCAUCCUCUUCCCAAGGUUUACCGCCAGGCUCGCCGCUGACCCUGAUGUCUCCACCCAAAUCGAGCCCUCUCAAGAACUAUUACAUGUGGAAACGGCAAAUUGCAGCCGGAAACACCCCGGCAUUGACCCUGCUGCCAAACUUGUACUCGCCCGACCGCAAGCUGCCCACGCUGACCAAGCCGUCAGUGUUCUUGUCGAGUUCUCCGUUGAAGAGCAUCGCCGAAAGUGGACCGAAUUCCAAGACCAGGAAGAGCUCCAUAGACACUCACUCAGUAUCGGAGCUCAACGACUCACCCAUCAAGAGGCGCCGAGCAGACAGUGGUGCGCCUCUCCGCGUUGAACCUCACAUGGUCUUGGAGGAGAUGCCCGGUGGUUCCGGCUACGCUUCUCCAUCCAAGAGUUCUUUGCACCCGUCGCCUGUUUUGACCUCCAACGCGCUGAACAGAAGGCUGUCACUUGAAACGCCCUUCAAGAAUGCCCAGACAACCCCCACAUUGCCUAAAACGCAGCUUGCAAACCACGAUGCGCUCCUCAAGACUCCUACCCAACCUUCGAGAGACAACUACAACGACCUGGAGGGUGCCGACUUACUCAUGUACUUAGCAACAUCGCCAUCGCCCGCUAAACCGUACGGAACUACUCCCCGUGCGUCUUCGGCCCCCAAUGGCACCACGCUGGCCACGGGUUCCAUGCACAAACCAGCCUCGAGCAAUCUGUUCAUUGCACCUCCUCCUCCACUCACUCCCAAGCGUCCUAUGUUCUCCACUGCAAAGACACCUCAGAGCAGGCUCACUCCUUCCGUUUACGGCAACUUGGCCGUUCCAGGCAGCGCAUUGCCUUCUGCUGGAUUGGCCCUUACCCCCGCAGGCUUCAACAUGAGCGACUAUGUGAAUUUCUUCACUCCAUCGCCAGGAGGAGCAGCAUCACAGGGAUCGGCGAUCAAUAAGAGUUUCUUGAAGACGCCAGACUUUCAUGGGCUCGUUCAGGCCAGUGUGCCGAAGACACCUGUGGAUGGUAAAAUGAUCAAUUUCGAUAAGGUGGGACUCUUUGGACUGUCGGGUACAGAUCCGUCAAAGGAGUAG